UCUGCAAAUCUAUUCCUCUUCAUUCCAAAUUUCUUCUCCCACACCAACUACUCUUCUCCAAUUUGCUCAUAUCUUAGGUAGCUAGAUGUGUUUAUUUCUCCGCUCAUCUUCUCCGAUCGAUUGAGAACCUGCAGGCUGCAAUAGUGAGUUUCCCGGCGAGCAGUAGCGAACAACAGAGGUGGGCAGAUCCAAGCAAGGGGGAGUGAGUAGCAAGUCGAAAUCUAAAAGUCGGAAGCGAUUGGGCAAGUGUGUUCUCUAGCAUUGUCUCAAAGGGUGUGAGGGAAGAUUUUCUGUCAAUUGGAGUGGCAGGGACCCACGACGGAGCUUUACAAGUGAUAAGUGCUGAUUUUCAUGUUUCAACACCACAAGUUACGCCAGAAAGCCAUUACUUUUUGAGGUAUUGCAAGAAGAAUUGCUCGAAUGGAACGUGGGGAAUUGUGGACGUUUCCAUAGAUAGACGUUUGGGUAUGACGCCUGUGGGAAGAAGCUCGAGGCGGCCAUCUGGUUGCCUCUUUCAAGAGACUCUAAACGGCCAUACAAAGGUCACAUGGGUUGAGCAUAUGGAGGCACAUGGGGGCAAUGAAGCUGUCAAUAUUUACAAACGUCUACUUUGCUCUGGUAUGGCAUUUGGGGCAAAGCGCUGGAUUGAGAUAUUGGAUUGCCAUUGCGAACGUAUUGCUUGCAUGAUGUCCUUAAACAUGCCCCCUCCUACUAAUCUAGCGGUAAUUAAUCCAGAGGGGAAAAGGAGCAUAUUUAAACUUGCAGAGAGAAUGGUUAAUGGCUAUAUGAAUGCGGUUAGUGGUUCCAUAGUUCAUCCAUGGAAAGUCAUAUCCGGGACUGGUGUUGGUGUUAAUGAUGUGAGAGUCAUGAUAAGGAAAAACAUUAAUGAUCCCAGGACACCUUCUGGAACUAUCUUAUGUGCAGCAACAUCUUUUUGGCUUCCUUUGAAACCAAAAAAUGCAUUUGAUUUCCUUUGCGAGGAACGUAACCGACUUCAGUGGGACAUGUUUUCCGGUGGAGGCUACAUGGCAGAAAUAACCAGCAUGAGAUAUGGCAGGGAAAUCGGCAAUAGUGUCUCAUUAUACAUAGGUGAGAAUUGCUCUCAGGGUAACACAAUGAUAUUGCAAGAAAGUACCACCAACUCCACAGGUUCCUUUAUCAUUCACUCUUCAGUUGACAUGACGAAAAUGAAAGGCAUUUUUAUGGGUGGAAAUCCUAAAUUUGUAUCACUUCUUCCUUGUGGAAUCGUUAUACUACCUGAUGGAGAACUAGGAGAUACCUCUAGUGGGUCUCUUUUGACAAUCUCAUCCCAGAUUUUAGUUGAUCCGGAUCCUACUACACAAUUACCUCCAGAAUCCAUUAAGAGUGUUAAUCAACUAAUGACUCUAGCGGUCAAAAAGGUCAAUUCAUUCCUUUGUGGAAGUGUUUCCAUUGAUAAU